AUGCCCCCGACGGGGCUCAUCUACUCCAUAGUAGCGCGCAUUCGCAUACAAUGUCUUCUGAUUGCGCUCUUCUUUCUCUGCGGAGCUGCAAUAUUCAGCAUCAGUUUCUUUACACGCUAUUCAGAAUCAUUUCAACUACCGUUUGUAUCAUCAGAUGAGCGUCUUCGAGUCUUACCAACGGACAACUCAUCGAAGGGUGGCAAGGGUGGCAACUCUACACUGGGCUUCGAUGCAAUCUAUUAUAUCAAUUUGCCACAUCGAUACGAUCGCCUUGAUGCUUUGUCCCUUCAAUCAUAUCUUUCCGAUAUCGACAUAGUCGAAUCAUUGGCGGUAGAUGGAGACACACUACGCGACGAUGGCCUACCACCUAUGAAGGACCUUGACUCUUUGAGCAAAGGCGCAAAGGGAUGUUGGAGAGCACAUGCCAAUAUUUGGGCCAAAAUGCUUAGAGACAAAACGCAGAGCGUAUUGGUUAUAGAAGCAGAUGCGACAUGGGAUAUCCACAUACGAAAGAUCUCGGAAAUCGCCGCGGACCACGUGUCUCAAUACAUCCUUCACAAUAAUAUGACACGAUUGCCAACCCAGCUUGUCCAAAACUUCUCAGACACUUCUGUGGCAACGCCACCGCCCAGAUCUCCUGCUGAUCCAUGGCUAAGGGAGUAUUGGGAUGUACUCAGCCUUGGCGCCUGCCAUGAAAGCGUGCCAAAGCAGAAUUCAACUGCUAAUAUUAUAUACCGGGAUCCGCACGCACCUACAGGCAUAACGUUUGCAGGUCAAGAGUUGCAUCGAGAAAGGGCUAUAUAUGCGGCCUCAAGCAUGAUCUGCACUACUGCAUAUGCAGUCAGCUUGACUGGGGCAGCUAAGCUGCUUCUACGAUCGGCGUUGAACCUCGACGCUCCAGUGGAUUUACUAAUGUCCCAGAUGAUAGGGGAAGGGAAGUUACAGACACUGAGCGUAUUCCCACCCAUCAUGGGACAAUGGACAUACGUUAACAAUAUCGGCAUGAAUGAACGUGGGUCUAACAGUGACAUUUUGGGCAACAGUGACAACUCCAAUAAUGAUAGUGGCGAUAUGACAGGUUGGGACGACGCUAUGAGCGCUCACAAUAUCUGGAAAACAAAAGACUAUCACGAAAACACCGCCUUUGAGGAGAUGGCGCUUCAGGUCGCCUGGAAGCAUAUAUUUUCUAGCGAACUUUGA